AUGAAGGGCAAGGACGAGGGGCCGGCCGUAGGCCCCCCCAGGCUGCUGGCGGCGGUGCGCUGCGCGAGGGCGGCACUGCUGCUCUCCUUUCUCAAGUCCGCACCUCCCAGAUCCGUCUCUGUCGCCGCUGCGCUGGAGGUCCGUGGGAAAUCAUACUUUAUAUCAGGAGUUUUGUUAGUUGUUGCGCAUGCACGGAGAUGAGGAGGAGAUGAUGAACUGUAGUUUCUCUCUCUCUCUCUCUCUCUCUCUCUCUCUCUCUCUCUCUCUCUUCUGGUUGACUUAUUGGACUUGAUGAUCUCGUUUUGCCUAAUUUUCUGGAACUAGGGGCCGUAAGCCUUAGAUUUCAUUUUAAUUGCGUAUGUUUGGUGUUGCUGAUUCGAAACUUUUAAUGAGAUCUAGGAGCAGAGGAGAACGAGGGAGCUGGGGAGGGCAGUCGAGGUGGCGGACGCGAACCUGAGGGCGGUACAGGCUGGGGUGGUUCGACGGCGACAGGAGUUCCGACUCUGUCUGGUUGUGGUGGUUCUGCAGGCUCUGUUGGUUCUUGCGAUCCCCAUAGUGUUCUUCGGCAUUUUAGCUGCCACCUGCCCGUGCUCUUCUAACGUCUACUAUUACUAGAGGCGAGGAACCCCGAAUUCGUACUUAUCCUUGUGGUAGGAGACAUUUUACUCUGUUGAUUUUCAAGGCGGGGAACUCUUUCUGGCUCAAUCUUCUCGGGCAGUGAUGCUUUAAGGAUUGUAGGAAUGCAGCUCUCAAUUCAUCUAUUAAUUGGCUGAACUUUUGCCAAAAGUAUACGAAGGCAUGCAUCAUAAUUUUUUUCUUUUUUUUCUUUUUGACGUGCUCUUUUCUCAUUGUUCGUCAUUUUAAUUACCUGCGUUUUUUAUUUGCCUGUUUAAAUAACAUUCAGCAGACCAGACUACUGGCGGUAGUAAUGGCAGUGGCGAUGACAGUGUAGUGAUCAUCAAUUGAUGUGUCAAGCCUAAGAAUUUUUUUUGGGGUACAGUGAACAUUAUCUUAUCUCCACUUAUUCUGAUAUUAUUAUGUUAUCUUUUGUAACUACCAAAGAGGUACGCCUUUUGCGUCAACCUUUUAGAAUCAUACCGUAGACUAUUUGAUGAAUUCCCAAGUUCAUCUUUAAGAUAAUCACAAAUGGGUCAUCAUCUAUUGAGUGCUCUUCUACACUUUUCUCUUUAAAUAUGCUCUAGUUCAUCGUCACUGUGAUCAUCACAGGAAUCCACACUCCUGACUGACUGUGCUUAGAUUAUUCUGUCAUUCCAUUCAAUCAUGUAUGAUAUUUAUCAAAAUUCUCGCAAAUUUUCGCUUUCUUCGUCCGAUUUCCUCUUGGUUAUAAUCCUAACUCAUCAAAGACAAUAUCUCUUCCUGUAAUAUAGUUUUCAUGUAUCCUUAAAUAUCUCGUUACUGAAUCAUUCAGACUAUUUCAUACCGACUUUCAUGAUUGAAACUUGGUUUGUACCUGGGAUGAAAAUUUCCCGUUAGCAUAUUAACAAGUAAAGCCAUCUGUUGAUUAAAUUUUUCAUGCUGUAAACUCCUAAUAAUGUCAGCUGUUCUAUGGAAAUCAUGGCGAUACCUUCAUUUUUAUCCUCGCUGAGAAAUGACACCAUAUAUCUUUCUGACCAUCUUUUUUUUCUCAUUCAGGUUUGGGUGAACUAAACUUUUGUCUCGUCCUUGUUUACACAGUGCCUUCUUAUUGUCGUUUCUAACCAGAUACUGCAGGAAUAUUAAUUAGCCAUCGGAAAGGAUAAGGAGGAUGAUCUAUAGUUCUUGGAGGACGAUGACUGACCAAGAUGGGUACUGCUGGGAUGAUAAAAAUUGAGAAUGGAUUCUCGUCUAGAGCAGAGUUAUUGGUAAAGAAUCUAAUGUCAACUAAUGCCCUCCAGAGUCUGUACAGGACAGGGAAGUUGGAACUAGAUUGGCAUGUUGGCUGGAUCGGAUCAUCCAUGCUCAAAAUUAUCCGGAACAGUAUUGGAUGGAGCAAGUUUACACAUCAGAAGAAAUGAUAUCCUGGUAAAUCCCUAUAUUUUUUAAUCUGAUUUUUUCUUUACCCUUGUAGAAUCAAUCAGGCUUAACUUAAGAACAAUGGGAUAACCAACACACAAUUUUGCCAUCCACCGGAGCUUCACAUAGAUGCACAGUCGACAUGGCAUACAUCUGGGGCACUAAUCUCUAUGCUGAUAUUAGAUCCUAAUGGGCUCUCUCUCUCCUCUCUCUCUCUCUCUCUCUCUCUCUCUAUUUUUUUUUCCCCCUAUGAAAGGUAGCAACUAUUGGAAUCUAUAUAAUGUUAUAUCCUCAUCGCCAUCUGAUGAUGUACAUGCAAUGCACCUGGUAUGGGGCCCACCCACCAUUUUUAAUCCGUGUCAUCGCUUCCUGCUUUAGCAGAAUCCGAUCAACUGCUAGGACGUGAUGCCCAAUUGGACUUGAUGCCCAAUUGGACGUGAUGCCCUUAUUCUCUGGGGGGAGAAUAUUCCCCCGAGUUCUUGAACCUUGUUCUUGCUCAAAGAUGAUUGAUGCUCAGUAAAGAAAAUGUCCCUUUCCUUUUUCGUAGAAAUGCCGCAAAAAUCAGGCGGGCAUUAGUCAUAUUCUCCUGCCACAUGGCUCACUCGGAGGUCAACCGAUGUGGCAUCCGGUCUCACCCUGCCACGUUGCAUCCGGUGCCACGUGGCUCGGAGCCCUAGUUUCUCUCUCUUCACAUCUCAUGCUCGGUGGUCUUUCCUUCCAACUUUCGCCUUGAUGAGCCCGUAGCUAUGGAAUGGGUGAUUAUUUUAAUACCUUACUCUUAUUUUUAUUGAGACAAAUGGGCUCGUUAUGGUGGCACAAGUUCAGGCUUCAUUACCGAUUUAAAAUACGCACGUGCGGUAAUUGUCUGAGUUAUUGGCAAGGCAACGGUUCAAGUCAGGUUACAUUAACAAAAAAAAUAAAAUAUUAGGUUACAAAAAUCCAGUUUUACGGCGACAAAAUGGGCCGGUUCUGAUGGGAUAAUUUCAUCGACUCGUGUUUAUAUGCACGUGUGGAGUACGCGUGGCGGCUCAAGUGGGCUAAUCGCUCAGGUACGAUUGGGACACGUGGCGGCGUGCGCCCAUCGGCGCACGUUAG